ACUUCCGGGCUUCCCGGGGUUAAAAGGGAAGGUCUGGCCAGGGGUCCCCGGGCAGAGGAUCCAGCAGCCCACACGGCAGGGCAGAGGCGCUUCCAGGCGUCGUCCUUCCCUCCUUUCGCUCGGCGACUCCCAGGUCCUGGCCAUGAGACCCUCGCACCUCCACCUCUCGGUCGCCUCUGGCGCGGUGGCCCCGGCGAAGCUGCUGCUGCCGCUGCUGAUGGCGCAACUCUGGGCCGCACAGGCGCUGCUCCCCGGAAACGACACAGGCUCGGACCCCGAGGCGUCUGGCGCCCCGUGCCCGCGCGGCUCGCAGCCCUGGCAGGUGUCCCUCUUCAAUGGCCUGUCGUUCCAGUGCGCGGGUGUGCUGGUGGACAAGAGCUGGGUGCUCACGGCGGCGCACUGCGGAAACAAGCCGCUGUGGGCUCGAGUUGGGGAUGAUCACCUACUGCUUCUCCAAGGCGAGCAGCUCCGCCGGACCGCUGUCUCUGUGAUGCACCCCAAAUACCACCAGGGCUCGGGCCCCAUCCUGCCGGGGCGGACAGACGAGCAUGACCUCAUGCUGCUGAAGCUGGCCAGGCCCGCUGUGCUGGGGCCUCGCAUCCAGACCCUGCGCCUGCCCUACCUCUGUGCCCGGCCCGGGGACCAGUGCCAGGUGGCUGGCUGGGGCACCACGGCCAAGCGAAGAGUGAAGUACAACAAGGGCCUGAGCUGCUCCAGGGUCACCAUCCUGAGCCCCAGAGAGUGCGAGGUGUUCUACCCCGGCGUAGUCACCAACAACAUGAUGUGUGCAGGACUGGACCAAGGCCAGGACCCCUGCCAGAGUGACUCUGGUGGCCCUCUGGUCUGUGAGGACACCUUGCAAGGCAUCCUUUCCUGGGGCGUUUACCCCUGUGGCUCUGCUCAGCACCCAGCUGUCUACACGCAGAUCUGCAAGUACACCCCCUGGAUAGAGAAAACCAUUCGCUCCAACUGACCCAGA